AUGCUUCGUGUUUCUCGAUUAUCCCUUGCCAUUGGCACGUACAGCCUGUUCAUGAAGGAGCAAAAGAAUAAUCCCGCAUUGAAGGGACUCCCCGUAGCAAAGCGGGGUCAGGCAACGGCUAAGUUAUAUCGAGAGCUUUCUGUCACUGAGCGUGAGGAAUUGGCAAAGCGUGCCAAAGCUGCUCCGUCUGCAACGAGGAAAAAAUCGGUACCGAAAACAAAAGGUAAAGAAAAGGUUACAGGAGGGGGAGGCAAACGUAAGGCAUCGGAGUACACCGAAUUUGUGAAGUCCAACAUAUCCAAAUACAGUAAUCUUCCACAACGGGAGCGCAUGACUGCCGUAGCAAAGCUGUGGAAACAGCAGAAACAGAUGCGAAGUAAGUGA